CUAAACCAAAGUAAAAAUAAAAAUAGAAAUAAACAUAAAGAGCCAUGCUCCUCCAGCUACUUACUAUCUUCUUCUUCAGCCUACUCUCGCAAUCCCUACAAAUUUCUUCCCAAAAUCUCAGCUUCACCUUCAAUGGCUUCUAUCCUCCGUUGACUGACAUAUCCGUCCAAGGAAUUUCCAGCGUCACACCCAAAGGUGUCUUGAAGCUAACCAACUUUACUACCACGGACAGCGGUCACGCCUUCUAUAGCAAACAAAUCAGGUUCAGAGAUUCACCAAACGACACCGUUUCUUCCUUUUCUACAACCUUUGUCUUUGUUAUCCGCCCUUUAGUCCCAGGCAUUGGCGCUGACGGCAUGGCCUUCGUCAUUGCACCUAACUUUAGCGUCCCAACUGCAGCUCCCAGCCAAGACCUAGGUCUCUUUAACAUCAUAAACAACGAUAAUGAUACGCAUCAUGUAUUCGCUGUUGAAUUUGACACGGUUCAAGAUUCCUUUGAUCCCGACAACAACCAUGUUGGGAUCGAUAUCAAUAGCUUGAAGUCAGUGAAAACUUCACCGGCUGGGUACUGGAACGAGAAUGAUCAGUUUAAUAAGCUGACUUUGGUGAGUGCUGAGCGGAUGCAGGUUUGGGUCGAUUACGAUAGUCGUACCCAUCAAAUCAACGUAACGAUGGCUCCCUUUAGAAAGGAUAAACCUAAAAAACCGCUAGUAUCUAUUGUCCGAGACCUAUCCUCGGUUCUUUUGCAAGAUAUGUUCGUAGGUUUCUCGUCUGCCACCGGUUCGAUUUUGUCGGAACAUUUUGUUCUUGGGUGGAGUUUUCGAGUAAAGGGAGAAGCUCCAUUGUUGGCCUUAUCGAAACUUCCAAAGGUGGGGAAAAGGAGCUGGAUGACAUGGUUUGCCCUCAUGUUUGUUGUCCUCAUUUUUCUUAUCAUCUUAUGUGUCAUUCCCCUCUUGAUUAUAUGCUUGCCCAUCUGCCUCCUUCGCUGCAUCCUGAGGAGGAGAAGAAAGUUCGCGGAGGAGAUUGAAGACUGGGAAACAGAGUUCGCCAAGAACAGAAUGAAGUUCAAGGACUUGUACUAUGCAACCAAAGGGUUCAAAGAUGAGGGCCUUCUUGGAAGGGGAGGCUUUGGGAGCGUUUACAAAGGUAUUAUGCCGAAGACGAAGAAGGAAAUUGCCGUGAAAAGAGUCUCGAACAAAUCCCAGCAAGGGUUGAAAGAGUUUGUCUCUGAGAUCGCGAGUAUCGGUCGAAUGAGUCAUCGGAACUUGGUUCCUCUCUUGGGUUAUUGCCGCCGUAAGGAUGAGCUUCUUCUGGUAUACGAGUACAUGCCUAACGGAAGCUUAGACAAGUAUUUGCACAAUAGCCCGGAGGUAUCUCUCGACUGGAACCAGAGGAUUAAAAUCAUUAAAGGUGUGGCCUCUGCCUUAUUCUUUCUUCACGAGGAGUGGGAACAAGUGGUCAUUCACCGUGAUGUAAAAUCCAGCAACGUCUUGUUAGACGCGGAGCACAAUGGGAGACUUGGAGAUUUCGGUUUAGCUCGGCUGUGUGGUCACGGUACAGAUCCUGAAACAACGAACGUUGCAGGAACAUGGGGCUAUUUAGCCCCAGAUCACAUCAGGACAGGAAGGGCCACAACCGCUACCGAUGUUUUUGCGUUUGGGGUGCUCUUACUAGAAGUGGCGAGCGGUAGACGUCCUAUCGAGGUUCAAGACAGCGUGAGUGGUGAGAGGGUGUUUCUCGUUGAUUGGGUUUUUCAGUUUUGGAUAGACGGAAAUAUCUUGGGUGCCAAGGAUCCGAAUCUAUGGUAUGAUUAUGAAGUAGGAGAGAUCGAAAUGGUAUUGAAGCUAGGUUUGUUGUGCUCACAGUCCGACCCAGAGAAUAGACCAACUAUGAGACAAGUGCUACAUUAUUUAAGGGGAGAUGUAACGUUACCAAAUCUUCAACCGUCGGACCUACGUGGAAGUGAGAGAUUGCUGGGAAUUCCGGAAGUGGGAUUUAGUGAAUUAAGCUUGUCUACCGGUGGAUCUUCAAUUACUAACUCUCUACUGUCUGGUGGGAGGUGAGUUGUGAAUAUAUGUGUGUUUUGGGCAAUUUCAAUGCAUAAGUAGAAAGAGUUGAUAUAUUCCCUCUGUAUGUAUAUGUAUCAUUUUAAGUGAAUUUUAAGAUUUUUCAUAAGGAUUAAGAAAAUACAAAUUUUUAUGUAAUUUAUCUUGAUUGUAUAAAAAUAUCAUUAAAUAAUAUUAUUCCAACCAAUUAAAAAAA